CUAAUCUUUACUGAGAGAUCAGAAGUUACUGCACUCUUGAACAGACGCUCCUUAGCUGGAGCUCCAGGCUGAGAUAUGAGGUUUUCUCUUUGGCCAGUUUCUUCGUAUUCUUUGGCCCUUCUGUCUUUUUUGAGUCAAUGUGUAACAGCAGUGGAGAGACACUACUACAUUGCUGCAGUUAACAUUAAUUGGGAUUAUACAACAAAUGGACCUCAAAGUGCUGGUCCCAUCUAUAAAAAGACAGUGUACAGGGAAUAUGACCCAGGUUUCAAAAUGGCUAAAACAACUCCAUGGUCAGGGCUGCUGGGACCCACGCUCCGUGGCCAAGUUGGUGACACCAUCAUUGUCACGUUCAGGAACAUGGCGGAUCAUCCCUGUAGUAUCCAUCCACAUGGCAUUGCUUAUGGAAAACAGUCUGAAGGAGCUUUGUACUUUGACAAUACGUCCCAGUUUGAGAAAGAGGAUGAUGUCAUACUUCCUGGCAAAGAGCAUACAUACUACUGGGAGGUGACUCCAGAGGUGGCCCCACAGGCUGCAGAUCCCCCGUGUGUCACAUACACUUAUUUCUCACAUAAUGAUAUUGUCAAGGACUACAACACAGGCCUGAUUGGUACACUGCUAAUUUGUAAGCCUGGCAGCCUUGAAGAGUCCGGAAAGCAGGUCCAUUUCAAUCAGGAAUUCACACUGUUGUUUGGGGUGUUUGAUGAGAGCAACACCUGGUACAGCAAAGGGGAUGCACCACUUAAGGAGAAUGUGAAAUAUACAAUCAAUGGCUUCACAAAUGGCUCUGUCCCUAAUCUGAGUGUGUGUGCACAUUCCAAAGUAACCUGGAACUUGGUUGGUAUGAGUUCUGAGCCAGAGCUUUUUUCCGUGCACUUCAAUGGCCAGGUUCUACAGCAGAGUGGGCACAAGGUGUCUUCAAUCGGCAUUAUCAGUGGAACAGCUACCAGUGCAGAGAUGAUGGCCAUCUACCCUGGUCGCUGGCUUCUCUCUUCUCACAUUAGCAAACACUUGGAAGCUGGGAUGCAUGGCUUCCUGCAGGUUAAUAAAUGUGAAGAGUUUACUGCACCAAAGCGAAAGCUCACCAUCCAACAAAGGCGAGAUAGUCAAGUAUGGAUUUACUACAUUGCAGCUGAGGAGAUAAUUUGGGAUUAUGCCCCAAAUUUGCCAGAUAAUGUGGACAGGAAUUUUCGGUCCACGUACUUAAAACAGGGUGCAUGGCGGAUUGGUAAGAAAUAUAAAAAAGCUGUGUUCACUCAGUAUACAGAUGAAUCAUUUAAAGAAAGGGCAGAACACAAGCAAAGGAAGAAGGAGUUGGGAAUUCUUGGUCCUGUGAUCAGAGCACAGAUCAGAGACAUAAUAAAGAUUGUGUUCAAAAACAAAGCAUCACGUCCGUACAGCAUUUAUCCUCAUGGUUUAACCAUUGAUAAAGCAGCAGAGGGAGUCAAUUACCCUGAAGGAGGGUACCAGAGCCAUGCAGUGCAACCAGGGGAGACUUACACAUAUGUGUGGCAAGUCAUUGAGGAGGACGAGCCAUUAAACAAUGAUUCAAGGUGUCUCACCAGGAUGUACCAUAGUGCAGUGAACACUCCACGAGACAUUGCCUCAGGCCUUGUUGGGCCACUUCUCAUCUGCAAAAGCCAGUCCCUCAGUACCAGGAAUGUCCAGCUGAGAGCAGACAAAGAGCAGCAUGCUAUGUUUGCAGUGUUUGAUGAAAACAAGAGUUGGUACCUAAAUGAGAACAUCCUCACAUACUGUGGAGAACCAAAAAAUGUAAAACCAGAUGACCCAGAGUUCUAUAAAUCAAAUGUUAUGCACACAAUCAAUGGUUAUGUGUACGAAAGUGGUCAAGACCUGGGCUUUUGCAAUGGUGAGAUUGCAACUUGGCAUGUUUCUAGCGUUGGGGAACAAGAUGACAUCCAAACAGCCACAUUUUAUGGACACACAUUUGAGCUGAACAACAGAGAGGAGGACAUCCUCAGUCUGUUCCCCAUGACAGGAGAGACAAUCACCAUGAACAUGGCUAAUAUUGGAGUUUGGUUAAUGGCAUCACUGAACACACAUGAGACUCAAAAAGGAUUAAGACUGAAGUUUAAGGAUGUUGAAUGCUUUAGGGAUUACGUCAUGGAAGAUUCUUACAAUGAUAAUGAUUACGAUAUAUCAACAGAUGUAACAGAGAGUUACAAUGUGUGGAAACCCAUAAAUGAGACAGUGUUAAAAAAGGAAAAAUCAAAACCAAAGCCAAGCACAAAUAUUAUUGAUUCAGACACUGAUGAUUAUGCACUACUGCUUGGUAUAAGGACACUGAAAAACACAGGUCCAAAUGAUAUGGAACAGUUAGACCUUUCUAUCUUAGAUGCUACUGAUGGUGCACUACUUGACACUGAUGUGGUCCAAAACAUAACCCAUUUGGGGUUUGAGUUUGAUGACAACAACCUUACAACAAAAGCUGUUCAAAAGGAAAACACAGCAGAGUCAUUGAUCAAAUUAUCUCUGGAGUCGGCACCUGCUAAUUCCAUAAUCAAUGGAACUAACAGUAUCACCACUAAUCCCAGUAACAUCUCACUUCUACAAAAUAUUGACAGUGAAAUCACCUCAGAGAACAGACACAAUACAUCAUUAAUAACCGAAGAGACAAGGCCAUUGCUAUCAACCCAACCAUCAAAGACGCAUAAAGAGAAUGUGACAGAGGCACAGACCCUGGAAUUCUCAAUGCUGAGCUCUGUAGAGGUGGUAGACGAAGAUGACAGGAAAAGGGACAACAUAUUUAUUUACAGCGUACCUGCAAACUCUCAUGUUACCAUUACAGAUGUUGAAGAUGUGAAAGAUUUUGUGCUAUUGGAUGAUGGUGAACAAAUAGAAACAAACAGCCAUGGGCAUUUACUUGAGUACAGCAUCUCACCUACAGAACUUCCUAACAACACCAUUUUGGAACUGCUUGGCAAUACCACUCAAACCACAUGGCUUGAGGAUGCCCAAGAAUUAAAUCAUACAAAGAUGAACUCAGAAUCAUUAUAUGAAAUGAGUCAAGAAUUGAAUAACCCUAAAGUGGUUGCAGAUUUUACACUGAAGAUCAUUCAAGAAUUAAAUGGCACUCAAGUGGACUCCGAAUUUUCAGUCAAGGAAGAUAAAGAAUUAAAUAGCAACCAAGUGGACUCCGAAUUUUCAAUCAAGGAAGAUAAAGAAUUAAAUAGCACCCAAGUGGACUCCGAAUUUUCAAUCAAGGAAGAUAAAGAAUUAAAUAGCAACCAAGUGGACUCCGAAUUUUCAAUCAAGGAAGAUAAAGAAUUAAAUAGCACCCAGGUGGACUCCGAAUUUUCAGUCGAGGACGAUAAAGAAUUAAAUAGCACCCAAGUGGACUCCGAAUUUUCAGUCGAGGAAGAUAAAGAAUUAAAUAGCACCCAAGUGGACUCUGAAUUUUCAGUCGAGGAAGAUAAAGAAUUGAGUAGCACCCAAGUGGACUCUGAAUUUUCAGUCGAGGAAGAUAAAGAAUUAAAUAGCACCCAAGUGGACUCUGAAUUUUCAGUCGAGGAAGAUAAAGAAUUAAAUAGCAACCAAGUGGAUUCCGAAUUUUCAGUCGAGGAAGAUAAAGAAUUAAAUAGCACCCAAGUGGACUCCGAAUUUUCAGUCGAGGAAGAUAAAGAAUUAAAUAGCACCCAAGUGGACUCUGAAUUUUCAGUCGAGGAAGAUAAAGAAUUAAAUAGCACCCAAGUGGACUCUGAAUUUUCAGUCGAGGAAGAUAAAGAAUUAAAUAGCACCCAAGUGGACUCUGAAUUUUCAGUCGAGGACAAUAAAGAAUUAAAUAGCACCCAAGUGGAUUCCGAAUUUUCAGUCGAGGAAGAUAAAGAAUUAAAUAGCACCCAAGUGGACUCAGAAUUUUCAGUCGAGGAAGAUAAAGAAUUAAAUAGCACCCAAGAGGACUCCGAAUUUUCAGUGCAGGAAGAUAAAGAAUUAAAUAGCACCCAAGUGGACUCCGAAUUUGUAGUCGAGGAAGGUAAAGAAUUAAAUAGGACCCAGGUGGACUCUGAAUUUUCAGUGCAGGAAGAUGUCAGACACAUGGACAUAGAAAUUUCCCUGGCGGAGUUCAGAGAAAAUAAUGGCACCCAGGACGACCGAUACUCAGGUGUUCAAGAACCCAACAGCACCAAUCAGGACCUCUGGACAUCAUCAGAUGAGAUCAUUUCAGAGAGUUUUAAGAAUACUUCCUUUUCUAAUGGCAUUUUCAAUGUUUCAUCUACGGAAAGUAACUCCUCCCACACUAAUAUCCUACUGCCAAACAGCAGUUCAGAGUGGGUUACCCCAGACGUUGAUGAGAGUCUUAAUGAAGUGGUCAUCUAUCUAAAGGACAGCAACAACACUAUGGCCAUUCUCACCACACCUUUGGAUACGCAAGCAAAGAACUGGAGCUAUGAUGGCAAACAUGAGCUGGUGCCAGUGGAGUUCCCAGAUUACAUGAACAAAUACACAACAGACAAGCAGCCAAAUAAUGCAAAAGAAGAGAAGAAAAAAGUACAUCUACAAAGGGUUACACCGAAGAAAGGGCAUGGCAUGAAGACAAAAAAGAGAAAGGAGUACAAACCGCAACUUCGUAGUGACAUCUCUCCACCAAACUUCUCUCCACGGGGUUUUGCUCCUCCUCAGUUAACACCAAGGACUACCACUAUCAGCUUUAGUGAAGAAGACAUGAUGCCAAAAGCCAUAGUCAUAGGCAUUCCCAGGAAUGACUUCAAUGACUAUGAAAUAUAUGUUCCUCAUGACAUGCAGGAUUUUGAUGUUGAUAACACCCCUUCUGACAAAGAAGAAUAUGAAUAUGUUGAAUACAAAAACCCAUAUGCUAAACUGUCAGAAACAGAAACUGACUUAGUUGAUGAAGUAACUAAAUAUUCCUUGCAAAUGGCUGGCAGCAAGUCCAGAGUUUACUUCAUUACUGCUGAAGAAGUUAACUGGGAUUAUGCAGGCUAUGGACAAAGGAGGGAAGAUAAAGCCUCAGUGAAGGAGAGGCCCAUGAUGUUCAAGAAAGUGCUGUACAGGUCAUAUUUGGACAGCUCCUUUACAACCCCAGACACUCGUGGAGAAGUCGAUGAGCAUCUUGGCAUCAUGGGUCCAGUCAUUAAGGCUGAAGUUGAUGAAACCAUAUAUAUAGUGUUCAGAAAUCUUGCCAGCCGCCCAUACUCAUUGCAUGCAAAUGGGGUGUCAUAUAGCAAAAAUAUGGAGGGGCUGAAUUAUGAAGAUGACUCACCUUACUGGUACAAGUAUGAUGAUGCAGUUCAACCCAAUGCAACAUUUACAUAUAUUUGGACAGUAAAUGACAAAGUGGGGCCAAUAAAUGGUGAAUCUGACUGCCGAAUAUGGACCUACUACUCUGCUGUAAAUCCUGAGAGAGACAUCCAUUCUGGACUGAUUGGGCCUCUUCUGAUUUGUCGGAAGGGCACCCUGGCUAAAAAUCCAGUAGACACACAAGAAUUUAUGUUACUUUUUAUGACAUUUGAUGAGAACAAGAGCUGGUACUAUGAGCGAAACUGGGAGAUUCUCAAGAAGACAAACAAAAAAGCAACAAUGGACCCAAAUUUCAAUAACAAUAUCAAAUUCCAUGCUAUCAAUGGAAUUAUAUACAGUCUUAAAGGACUCCGCAUGUAUGCUAAUCAGCUGGUAAAUUGGCAUCUUAUAAACAUGGGCUCUCCAAAAGACUUCCACAGCAUUCAUUUUCAUGGCCAAACCUUCUGUAACAAGCAUAAUGACCCCCAUCGUCAGGGAGUAUAUCCACUUUUACCAGGAGGUUUUGCAACUCUGGAGAUGUGGCCAUCAAAGCCGGGGCUCUGGAUGUUGGAGUCUGAGGUCGGAAUCUCCCAGCAGAGAGGGAUGCAGACCCUAUUUUUAGUGUUAGACAAUGUAUGUGACCACCCUCUUGGUCUGAGUUCUGGAGCUGUUAAAGACAGCCAAAUAACAGCAUCAGAUUCUAGAGGCUACUGGCUUCCCAAUUUGGCCAGACUGUACAAUACAGGAAAAUACAAUGCGUGGAGUACAACAAAGCCAGACCCGUGGAUUCAGGUAGACUUCCAACGGCCAGUGGUGAUCAGUAAAAUAGCCACACAGGGAGCCAAACAACUCUUCACAUCUCACUUUGUUCUGAACUACACAAUUUUCUACAGUACAGACCGCAAAAAAUGGAGUUGGUAUAAGGGAGACAGCAAAACUUCAAGAAAGACUUUUGAAGGCAAUACGGAAGCCCAUGAAGUGAAGGAGAAUAUAUUCUUCCCACCUAUUAUUAGCCGUUAUGUGAGGCUUUACCCCUCACAUUCAUAUAAUUAUCCAACUGUUCGCAUGGAGUUCUUUGGAUGUGAGUUAGACGGGUGUUCUGUACCCUUGGGAAUGCAGAGUGGACUUAUAAGUGAUCAUCAGAUCACAGCCAGUUCUGUUGCUUCCAACUGGUAUUCUAGCAUGUGGCAGCCAUGGUUGGCCCGUCUUGAUAAACAAGGAUCCCUCAAUGCUUGGCAAGCCAAGAGUAAUGACAUGCAUCCAUGGCUCCAGAUAGAACUAAAGGAUGUCAAGAAGAUCACUGGAAUUGUUACCCAGGGAGCAAAGUCACUGAAUACAGAGAUGUUUGUAACCACUUAUGUUUUAGAGUACAGUGAUGAUGGCAAGAAAUGGAACAAGUACUCAGAUAAUGAGGACUAUGAAGUAAAGACAUUCAUGGGAAACUCUGAUAACAAUAGCCAUGUGAAAAAUUAUAUCUACCCUCCAAUAUUCUCCAGAUUUAUCAGAAUUAUUCCUACAAAAUGGCAGAACGCUGCCACUAUGAGGGUUGAACUACUGGGCUGUGAUUUUGCAUAAUGACCAUUCAUCUUUGUUUCAUUCUUCUGUACUAAGUCCACACAUUUUGGAUAUUCAUUUUCUAUAUUUGUAUCUAAUGUUUGCCACUGAUAAUUCUGUAUUAAAAUUACCAAUGCAUAUCAGAGAAAA